AUGACAGAUCGUCUUUUAGACUUCUCUAUUUCCUAAGACUCUAUUACGUUAAUUAACACAAGGAAUAAGCAUUAUACUUAUAUCAUGGGUAGCAUAAUACUCAAUUCAAUCACUCUCUUAGCAUUUAGCAUAAUAUAGGGAUAUAUAUUAAGGAGUCAUUAAGAUUGGGAUGCCAUUGCAGUGUUGAUUUUUGCAUGCCUGACAAUUAUUUUAGAAGGACUUAGUUUGUUACAAGUAUUCCACAUGCAGACAUAAAAAUUAGUAAUAACUACUUCUGUAAUAAUCGUGAAUGAGACUUUUAUCUUAGCCAUAUCAAUAUUUUAGACUACCACUGAAGAAUUUGAACACGAUUCCAAAUUUGAAGUCCUUGUUUAAGUUGUUGCAAUAGUCUUAUUUUUUGUGAUAGCCAUUAUCAAAUUAAUUUUGGUAAUCCAAUUACGAAAAGUACUAGAACUAACUAGAGCAACCAAUUAAAUUAAAGAAGGCAUGAGAAGCAAGUAAGCAUAUGAAAAUUUCUCUAAAACCUUAAAAUGA